GCCGCGCCCCGCCGAUCCCGAGGACAUCAUGGGCGGCGGCGGUCACGACGACGAUGAGGGGACGCCGUUCGACCAGUCCGUCGAGGAGAUGGACUUCCUUCGCUCCGCGUGCGCGAUGGCGCAGACCGGAGACGCGACGCGCCUGCGAUCGAUGCUCACGCGGCGACCGUCGGUCGCGAACGAGGGCCUCGGCGGGUACACGCCGCUGCAUUACGCGUCGCGCGAGGGCCACGUCGACUGCGUCGCGAUGCUCCUCGAGCACGGAUCGGACGUCGCCGCGGUGACGACCGCGGGGAGGGCGACGCCGCUGCACCGCGCGGCGUUCACGGGGCGUCUCGACGUGAUCGCGAUGCUGCUCGACGCGAACGCGGACGCGAGCGCGGUGGACGCGGACGGCGAGACGCCGCUUCACAAGGCGAGCGCGCGAGGGCACGCCGCGUGCGUGCGAGCGCUGAUGGUGGCCGCGCCGGAGACGGGGAGGGUGGAGGAUAGGAAGGGGCGGCGGGCGAUCGACCGCGCGGCGGACGAGGAGACCCGCGCGGCGUUCGGGGAGUAGCGGUCGAUCUCGGCGUCGGGGGGGAUCGGGGUCGGAACUCGGAAGGUCCGACACCCACCGACGGAGCGGGGAUGAUCGCGAGUUCCCGAAGGUUAAGGCCGAAUUCGAGUCCGCGAACCCGAUCACGAUCGCAGUUCAUCGUGAGGAUCGAGGCUACGC